UUUUCAAAGUUGACACAUAGUUAUGAAAAGCUACAGUCACAUCAGCUAAAACAAAAAAAGGUUGAAAGUAGAGAAGAAUGUGAGGAAAGCCUAGAGACACCAUCUGAAUUGAGUAAUUUAUACAAGAAACUGGAGGAAUUUAAGGCAAAAUCAAGAGAAUGGGAUAAGAAGGGGAAAAUCUGCCAAAAUUAUCUCAUUUAUUUAGAUGCUCAACAAAAAUUAUUGUCCGAGAAAUGUAAUUUAUUUCAGAAGCAGACCCAGAAUUAUCAAUUCCAAAUAAGCAAUAAGAAACAAAACCAAGAAGAGGUAAUUACCUAUGGCCAGCCCGAAAGUGAAAAGGAUGAGCUGAUUAUUGAAAAGCUAAAGGCAACUGUGAAUGAAAUAGCAAUAAACAAGAAUAAACUAGAAGAGGAAAAUCUGAAACUCCGGGAGGAUCUAAAAAUGUACCAAAACCAGUGCCAGAACUUGGAGGCAGGCUUUUCAGAAAUGAGAAAUGAGCUGCAGUCACGGGAUGCUCUCUGGAGAAGGAUACAACUGGAAUGCCAACAGUUGCAUACAGAAUUAUUGAAAAUCAGAGAGUAUAAAGAUAUGCAGGAAAUUCAAAUAAAGCAUCAAUCAUCUUGUGUACAACUUACUGAGCAACUAGAAAAUAAAAACGCUGAGUUAUUACUAUUGGCACAAAGUCAAGAACACCAACGAGAAGAGCUAAACAAGAUAAGAAACCAUCUUUAUCGAGAGGAGCAGUCCCAUUGCUCUGAGCAGGAAAGAAUGAAGACAGAAAUCUCUGACCUGACAGAAGAGCUUCAUCAGAAGGAGAUCACUAUAGCAACUAUCAUGAAGAAAGCUAGUCUUCUGGAAAGACAGUUAAAAAUGGAGUUAGAGAUAAAAGACAAAUUGUUAGCAAAACAACAGUUGUUGGAUUUCCGAUACAAAGUUAUCAAAUCUGAAAACACACAUCUAAAAGAGAUGGUGGAAAACCAGGAGUGUAAAAGUUGCACGAGUAUAGAUUUAUCUAACAAAGAACAUGGAAAUUUCACAGCUUCUAUUCACAAACUGGAGCAUGAGAAUGUAAGAUUACAAAAUAGUCAUGUUAAACUACAAAAUGACACAGAAACAUCGGUACUGGGUUGCAUGGGUACAUAUGGAGAAACAGAGCACAGCUACCAAACCCAUUCAAAGAUGCAAGAAAACGAAGAGAGGUAA